AUCUAUCGUUUGGUUGGGUAGAAAAAUAAAAAGGUAAAAGAAAAUAGAGUUUUUGGUUUACAUUUCAAAAGAAAAUUUAAAAAAUCUCAGAUAGAGAGAGAAGAAAAGGAAAAAACAAAGAUCUAGUUGUGAUAGAUAAAAGCGAUUUCUACUCUGCGUGUCCGAUCUAGCUUCUCCUUCUCUCUCCCUGAUAAAAGAUUGGGUUUUGCUGAAUUUUAGGUUUUUCAAUCUUCCAUUUAUCCUCGCUACGCUCACGGCUUUUAUUCUCUCUCAAGGGUUUUGAUCGAGUGAAGCUAUUGAGCAUAGGAACAAGGGAAAUUUCGUUUGAAGAUUCGAUUUUUGCUUCUGGGUGUUUGGUGCAUUAGGAUUUUUCAUUUUUAUUGUUCGAGCACUUUUUUGGAGAAGAAGGGUUACACAUAGGUAUUUGCAGUGAUGAGCACUUCAUGGGCAGAUUCUGUAGCCAACUCUCAAUCUGAGAGUGCAGCUACCGGUUCAUUUGAUAACAGUGCCCCCUCCCGCCCGUCACGAUCGACUUAUGUUCCACCGCAUCUUCGUAACAGACCAGCCUCAUCUGAUGCAUCAACUGUCUCAAAUUCUGCUCCAUCACAAGCUGGCACUGCUUAUGGUGUGCCAUCGACUGGGUCUCGCUGGAAUGGUGGUUCUCGGCAGGAUGUUGGGCGCCCUGGAUAUAGUUCCGGUGGUGGCUGGAACAGCAGUAGAGGCAGGGGGUGGGACCGUGGAAGGGAGCGUGAGGUAAAUCCAUUUGGAACCGAAGAUGAUGCAGCAGAACCUUCGUUUAGCGAGCAAGAGAACACGGGAAUUAACUUUGAUGCUUAUGAGGAUAUUCCGGUGGAGACAAGUGGGGGUAAUGUCCCACCGGCUGUGAAUACUUUUGCCGAAAUAGAUUUGGGGGAUGCAUUAAAUAAUAAUAUUCGGAGGUGCAAGUAUGUGAAGCCAACUCCUGUUCAGCGACAUGCAAUUCCCAUUUCUCUAGCUGGGCGAGACUUGAUGGCGUGUGCUCAGACCGGGUCAGGAAAGACCGCUGCAUUUUGUUUCCCAAUCAUUAGUGGAAUCAUGCGGGAGUCUAAUAUUCAGAGGCCUCGUGGAACUCGUACUGUUUUUCCUCUUGCUCUUAUUCUCUCCCCUACAAGGGAGUUAUCUAGCCAGAUACAUGAUGAAGCUAAAAAGUUUUCAUAUCAAACUGGUGUCAGGGUGGUUGUUGCUUAUGGAGGAGCACCAAUAAAUCAACAGUUGCGAGAGCUUGAGAGAGGAGUUGAUAUUCUUGUCGCAACUCCUGGAAGAUUGGUAGAUUUGCUUGAGAGAGCUAGAGUGUCACUUCAGAUGAUCAAGUAUUUGGCUCUUGAUGAGGCAGAUCGGAUGCUAGACAUGGGUUUUGAACCUCAGAUUAGAAAGAUUGUGGAGCAGAUGGACAUGCCUCCACCUGGCAUGCGUCAAACAAUGUUAUUCAGUGCUACAUUUCCUAAAGAGAUACAGAGAAUGGCAUCUGACUUUCUUUCAGAUUAUAUAUUUUUGGCCGUUGGAAGAGUUGGUUCAAGUACUGAUUUAAUUGUCCAAAGAGUUGAAUUUGUUCAUGAAGCUGACAAGAGAAGUCAUUUGAUGGACCUUCUCCAUGCUCAGAAGGAAAAUGGAACCCAUGGCAAGCAAUCUUUGACAUUAGUUUUUGUUGAGACAAAGAAAGGAGCUGACGCAUUAGAAUAUUGGUUGACUGGCUCUGGGUUUCCUGCUACAAGUAUUCAUGGUGAUAGAUCUCAACAGGAAAGAGAAUACGCAUUGAAAUCCUUCAAGACUGGGAAAACACCAAUCUUAGUGGCAACAGAUGUGGCAGCACGUGGUCUUGAUAUUCCUCAUGUUUCUCAUGUAAUAAACUUUGAUCUUCCCAACGACAUUGAUGACUAUGUUCAUCGGAUAGGGCGAACAGGCCGAGCUGGCAAAUCAGGUCUGGCAACAGCUUUUUUCAAUGAGAACAAUUCAUCAUUGGCAAGGCCUCUUGCUGAUCUGAUGCAAGAAGCAAACCAAGAAGUUCCUGAUUGGCUUACUCGGUAUGCAUCAAGGGCUUAUGGUGGUGGUGGUGGUAGAAAUCGCCGUGGUGGAGGUCGCUUUGGUGGACGUGAUUUCAGGAGGGAUAGUUCUUACAAUAGGGGUCAAGAUUACUACGGUGGAGGAAAUAGUGGCGGUGGAUAUGGAGCUGGCGGUGGUUAUGGUGGUGGUGGUGGAGGUUAUGGUCCAGGAGUGAGCAGUGCUUGGGAUUAGUCCUGCAACAGGGUUUCUCUAAUUUUGUCUCAGAGAAUAUAUAUUUUUUCUUCUUUCAGAUCCAAUGGAAUUUUCCUUUUUUUGUUUUAUUUUUCCGACCUGUUUAUUGUUGCUAUCUUCUUGAUUCUGAUGUGGGGAAUGCUAAUAUUGAAUUUGUGGGAAGGACCAUAGGUUUUGGCCGAAGGAUGGCCUGUAACCAGAGGUGUCAUAGUAGGCCAGGUUGAUGGUGAAGAACUACUAACAAUUUUGGUUAUGGGAAAGUUUUCGAUUGUUUUGUCCUUGUGAACACAAAAAAUACAUGUCCGGGAGAGACCUAUAAUAUCUUAUUACUAACCCGGGCAACUUAGCAGAAAAGCUCAGUUAGAGUUAGGUACAUGCUAUGUAUUUAGACUGUAGAUGAGGCUGACGCUUUUAUAAAUUUAUUAUAGUUUUGCUAUAGUGCCAAACCCGCCCGGAAAGCAUAAAUGUAUUCUGUUCUGUCCUGGAUAAUGUAACUGAAGUCUAGUUGAAAACAUCCUUUUCUGCUUA